AUGACUGAUCUCACAGAAGUUAAGGCCGUUUCGGUCCUGUUCGGACUUGUGUCCGUUUCCUUCGCCGGAUUCCUCGGUGGUGGCGGAGGCGCUGUCGUCCACCACGGCGGCGUAGGCCUCGGAUACGGCGGAGGCCUCGGAUACGGCGGAGGCCUCGGAUACGGCGGAGGCUUCGGAGGCCUCGGCUACGGUGGCGGAGCCGUCGCUGUCGCUCGUCCUGCAGCUGCCUUUGUCCACCACGCUCCGGCCGUCGCCGCCGUUCGCCAGGUCUACGCAGCUCCGGCCGUCGCUGCCGUUCGCCAGGUCUACGCAGCUCCGGCCGUGGCCGUCCGCCCAGCGGUCAGCUACGCCGCGGCCGCACCAGCGGUCGUCCACCAUGCCGCGCCAGCCGUAGUCCACCACGCUCCCGUGGCUACCUACGCCAGGCCCGCCGGCUUUGGCUACGGCUUUGGACACCGCGUGAUCGCAUCUCCGGGCGUCGCUUACGGCGGUCUCGGCUACGGACACGGACUCGGCGGCGUCGCUUAUGGACAUGGACUCGGUGGCGUCGCUUACGGACACGGAGUGGGUCUUGGCUAUGGUGGUCUCGGCUACGGCGGUCUUGGCUAUGGAGGUCUCGGCUACGGACGUGUCGCCUAUGGGGGUGCUGGCUACGGAGGUCUUGGCUACGGAGGCGUCGGCUAUGCCGCCCCUGCGGUGGCUGCUGUCCGCCAGGUUGUCCACCACGCGCCAGCCGCUGUUGUCCACCACGCUCCGGCCGUCGCCGCUUACCGCCAGACUGUCGCCGUUGCUCCAGCCCCAGCCGUUGUCCACCACGCCGCUCCGGCCGUCGUCCACCACGCCCCGGCUGUUGCCUACCGCACCGCCGCUGUCCACGCUCCAGUAGCCACCUUCGGAGCUGGCCUCGGCUUCGGACACACCCUCGGAGGCGGUGUCGGCUACGGCGGUCUCGGCCUCGGAUACGGCUUCGGCGGAUACGGUGGCGGCUACGGCCUCGGCUACGGCGCUGGUCUCGGCUACGGCGCUGGUCUCGGCUACGGCGCUGGUCUCGGCUACGGAGUCCGCCGUGUGUCCUAUUCUGCCCCAGUUGCGCCGGCCGUGGUCCACCAUGCCCCAGCCGUCAGCUACGCCGCUCCAGCCGUCAGGGUUGUCGCUCCAGCUCCCGUCGUUCACCACGCUCCUGCUGUGGCCUACCGCACCGCAGCGGUUGCUGCUCCCGUCGCCACUUACGGCGCCGGGCUUGGCCUCGGACACACUCUGGCCGCUCCAGUUCACCAGAGCGUUCACUACAAGACCGUUGUAUCCGGAGGCGGACUCGGAGGCUUCGGUGGAGCUGCUUUGGGCUACGGCUACGGAGGUCUUGGCUUCGGAGGUGCCGGCUACGGAGGUCUCGGCUACGGAGCUGUGGGCUACGGACACGCCGCCCCCCACGUCAAGGUUCUUCACCACGUGAAGAAAUGA